UUUUUUCAAGCUCUGUGGUCUCUGGCGGGAUACAAUGAGCGACCGGGCCAGCCUCGCUCACGCCACUUCCAGAGAUGCCAAUGGGAAAAGGGUGAUCUGCUGUUGCCUUAGCAGCACGGGGAAGGGGUAUUUUAAAAAAGGCGCCGGGGUUCUCGUCCAUAAAAGGGGCGAAAUUCAAAGCAGCCCUUUCUCAACACAUAUGAAAUUGCUUGCAUUUUUGCAAGGAGUGGGUCGUGGGAAUAUGUUUUGGGGAAAGCGAACAGAUUGAGGGGGAGGGAGGGUCAACGCCCCCACCCAAACCCUCCUCCCGGAAAGAAUUUGGAACGUCUCGGGUGAAUUCUGCUGCCUUUGAUCUCCCCUCUCACUUCCAUUUCUCCAUUGAUUUCCUCGCUCUUCCUAUUCUUCGCGCCUCCUGGUGCACUCGGCUUUUCAAAGUUUUCUUUCUCGCUUCCCGCGCACCCAUUUCUCCUCCCUCUGAUCCUAGCUUUGGAAGCACGCUUGCUAGUCUUCCGAAAACUUUGCUCGUCGUGCGCGUUUUUUAAAGCCACGCUGGAAGAGCGGUCAGCGAAUUGCUUUGGCAAUAAAAUAAUGCGCGCGGGAGAAAUGCAACCCGAAGGGGUGUCCCGGGGCUUGUGAUGUAAUCCUUAUCGAUCCAGCGGGGCGGGUAUUGGCCCUAGUCCUGCGAUGGAGCAGUGUCUAUAUUGGAAUUAGCCUUAUCGAUUGGGCUGAUAAGGAGACCUAUAAAAGGCCACGGAUUGGCUUUGCCUCUCCUGCAAUCGCUCCUGAAGCAAGUCGCUCCCAAAGCCCUGAGCUUCACCACCACCCCGCCCUGUCUUUUUUGGCCACCUCGGUCUUCUUCUUCUCCGCGGGAACCUUUGCGCCUCUGCCUGCGUUUGCGCUGCGGUGGAACUCCUCUCCUCGCCGAAAGAUGUGGCCGACUUUGCGCAAAGCUGGCGCGCUCCUGGCUCUGGUGGGGCUUUGCUUGGUCACGCUCGCCCGGUCCCUGCCCCUCACCGAUGCUGGACCACAUGUCAACUAUGGCUGGGGAGAGGCCAUAAGAUUGAGGCACCUCUACACCGCCGGCAGACACAGCUCGUUCAGCUAUUUCUUGAGGAUCAACAGCGACGGCCGAGUGGACGGCGCCAGCGCCCAGAAUCUGCAUAGUUUGCUGGAGAUCCGAGCUGUGUCCGUUCGUACGGUGGCGAUCAAGGGCGUGGAAAGCUCUCGCUACCUCUGCAUGGAAGCGGAGGGAAGGCUGCGCGGGCUUCUCAGUUAUUCUACAGAGGAUUGCUCCUUUGAAGAGGAGAUGCGCCCAGAUGGCUACAACAUCUACAAGUCCAAGAAAUAUGGAGUCUUGGUGUCCUUAAGUACUGCCAGGCAAAGGCAACAAAAUAAAGGGAAAGACUUUCCACUGUCUCAUUUCUUGCCAAUGGUCAACACUGUGCCGGUGGAGUCAACCGAUUUUGGAGAUUACGGCGACACUGGGCAGCAUUUGCAAUCCGGAGUUUUCAGUCCCCCUCUUGAAACUGACAGCAUGGAUCCCUUUGGCAUCACCUCAGAUGUAUCCGUGAAAAGCCUUAGUUUUGGGAAAUGAGAACAAGUGCUCCUUAGGUGAGUUGUGCUCCAUAAAAAAAGCACUGCCAGCAGGAUAUUAUUUCUAGCAGUGAUAUUUCACACAUGGCUACAUUCAGAUGCGGCGCUACCCUUUCUUGUCAAACCGGCAAUACGAAUACC